ACCUUCCUCUCGGGGGGAGGCGGUAAGGCGGGCUGGUCACGUGAGCAGUGUCUACGCGCAACAGUGGAGAGCGAAGAUGGCGGACGGAGGGAGCGAGCAGGCCCCCGAGCCUUUAACCGAGCGGCUGCGGCUCGUCCACGGCGAGCUGCGGAGGCGCGGUGUGUCCCAGGAGUCUUCUGCGCAGUACUGCCAGCGUUUCUGCGAGAUCUUGAUACAAUAUGGUGAAAAAUACAAAGCUACUGAAGAACUCCUACCUUUAUUGGAAGUCUAUCGGAUUUCUAUCCAGAGCUACACAAGUGCAAGGCCUUACCUAACUACAGAGUGUGCUCACAUUAAUUUUGUACUUGGUCAGUUAGCAGUGAGCUGUUUUGAACUACUACUUUCACUUCCUGACAACGAGGUUCCACAAGACGUGUGGCAGCAGCUGCAGCAGACAUUGCAGGAUUCUCACAUUGCAUUACUGGAAUUUGGAAACAAUGAAUUGCAGGCACUACUUGCAAUUUCUAUAGAGUGUGGAGCUUGGAAAAAUCCAGUUCUACAGUGUAUUCUUUCCAAGCAGACAGCACCCACUGAAGAGGUGAACAAUUAUUUGAUCCAGGAGGGACCUACAUUUCUUGAGAUUCGCAUUAAACAUCUGAUGAAGAUGGAUCGCAAGUUUGAUGCAGCACUGCUUGCAAAGUGUUGUGCAGAAAAUGCAGAAAUUAACAGCAAAGGUGCUUUUCGACAAAUCUACCUCACUUGUCUCUGCACUAUGGGACCCAAUGAGGAGGCAGCAAAAGAGAUUGCGCAUGUUGACUGCAAGGAAGUAUUGGAUAUUAUUUGUAACUUGGAGUCUGAUGGCCAGGACAGUGCUGCCCUUGUCCUGUGUACAACAUUCCUCACCCAUCAACUGCAACAGGAGAGUGUCUAUUGUUCUUGGGAGCUCACUCUAUUUUGGAGCAAGUUGCAGCGGAGAAUGGAUCCAUCUUUGGAUUCCUUCCUAGAGCGCUGUCGCCAGCUUGGUAUUAUUGCAAGAACAGUGUACCACAUAUUCUUCCUUAUAAAAGUUAUCCAAUCUGAAGCAGAAGGAGCUGGUCUCCCAAUUUCAAUCGAGCUAUGUGUAGGAGCCCUUCGUAUUCAGUCUAAUGAAAAUGCAGAGAUGAAGAUUUCUAUUUGUAAAACCAUCGCCUGCUUGAUGCCAGAUGAUCUAGAAGUGAGACGUGCUUGUCAGCUCACACAGUUCCUGCUGGAACCCACAGUGGAUGCAUACCGUGAAGUGGAAAGGCUGUACAAGCAACCUGAUCAAAAAUAUGAUGAGGAAAACGGCCCUAUUCCCAAUUCGUUACACUGUGAACUCUUAUUGGUCUUAAAAGCCCACUGGCCUUUUGAUCCUGAGUUUUGGGAUUGGAAAACUUUAAAGCGUCACUGUCGGGGGCAUUUGGGAGACAAGGCUGUUGCCAUUUCAGAAGAUGAACUCAGUGAAGAUGAGUUGGAUGGAAAUGAGCUCUUUGAUCAAAUGAGUAAAAUACCAGAGGUGGUAAAUGAUGGAAAGGAGAAGGAUGGAGAAGUUGUCAAAAAGAAAGAGAAGGUGAUGUCUGAACGAUAUUAUAGAUGGCUUCAAAAUAUGUUCUUCUGUGUGCUGUGCAAGAAAGAUUAUGUUGUAGCUAGAAUGGUACACCAUGCCAAGACGCAUGUUAGAGAUGGGAUAUUUUCUUGCCCUGUUUGUGCAAAAAAGUUUAAGAGAAAGGAACAGUUUACACCACACGUAAAGGAACAUAUAAAAAAACCCAAGAGAGAGAAAAAACAGAAGAAGAAAUCAGAAGUAGCUGAAAAACCUCUGCUUCCUGCAGUAACCGUGAAUGCUUCCGCUAAGCAGCAACCUGCGUUAGAUGAUGCAAAGAGUUCUGUUAAAAAAGAGAUAGAGGAAAAUGACUACAUAAUCUUCAGCGGAGCAGACUCUGUGGACGAAGAACGAGGUGAUGUGCCCAAGCCAGAAGUGGGUGAAACUGUCGUAACACAGUGGACAGAAAGUUAUCCGUGCCCAGGCACGGCUUGCUCAAGAUCUUUUAAAUAUUAUAAGAAUCUCACUGCCCAUUUGAAGAAUGAUCACUUGGACAAUGAUGAAAAUGUAAAGCACUUCCUUGAAAUGAAUAACAGGAAGGCUCUAUGUAAAUACUGUCGACGCCAUUUUGUCAGUGAUUACCAUCUGAAAGCCCAUUUAAAGGUACAUUCUGGAUUGCAGCCCUAUAUUUGCAUUCAAAUGGACUGUAAUGCAAGCUUUCAGGCUUUCGCUGAUCUAGUGAAGCACAGAAAACAACACAAGGAAUUCCGAUCCAAAUGUACUUUUAAAGGUUGCAACAAAGUUUUCAGUGGAUCUUGCUUACUGUAUCACCAUGAAGCUCAGCAUUACAGGGAAGCAGCCUAUUCCUGCAAUUUAUCAGGCUGCAAGAAAUUCUAUUUUUCCAAAAGUGAAUUCCAAAAUCAUCUGCAAACACAUGGCUUAACAAGUCUGGAAGAAUUUGAGGCCAGACUUCUGAAAAAAGGAAGUGACUCCACAGAGGAUGUGGUGGAUGAUGGCUCUAAGCUUGUGACUGCAGAGGAGAAACAAUGCCUUGUGGUUGGCAAUGUUGCAGAAAAUGCAAUUGAAAAACUGAAUGAAAGUGCAGAAAAGCCUUUACAAAGUUGCAGCUAUUCAAUGCCACAAGAAGUGAUAAAAAGGGAAAAAGAAGAGUAUAGUCCAGGUGGUUCUUACUGCCCUGCGAGACUGGGUGCUGACAGGACAGAUUCAGACAACAAGGGGAAACCUGGAUAUCCUAAUCUCCAGGGUGUUUAUUCUGAAAAUUUGCUUGUGCCAUUAGAAAAGUUGGCAUCAUUUAAAGAGCUGAGUGACAUUGAGGACAUGAUGAAGGCAGCCACACUUCAUCCUGAAAUUAACAGGAGCUUAGCUAAGCACAAAAUCACCACUAAUGUUGCAGAUAGCUUGCCAGCUUUAAAUAAGCAUACUUGUGGUAUAGAUGGCUGUAUCAUGAUGUAUGCCUUGACAAAGGACCUGAAGAAACACAUUAAGGCAGCUCAUCCAAAUUACUAUAAAGCUAAGAAAAGGAUUGACAAACACAGCAGAAGUGUUAUGAAAGUUUCUGCUACAAAUCAAGACAAGAUUAAAGCUGAGAUGGGACAGCAGCCUUUGACGACACAACUGUUAUCAUCGCAGGGUCAGGAAGGCCAAUCGGUUGCAUCUGUUGAUGAACUUUGUGAAAAUAAAAAUGUGUUGCACAAAGCUCAGAGAAUCAAGAAGCCCAAGAAUAACAGGAAUGCCAAAUGGCCUGCUAUUUUUAAGGAUGAUAAGUUUGUAUGCUCUCGAUGCUUCAAGGAGUUUUCAAAUCCCAAAUCACUUGGUGGCCACCUUGCUCGCAAAAUAAAAUGCCCGUUACUGACCGAGAAUAGUGCAGGGACUAAUCCGAUAAAGAAGCGUUACGAGGGCCGUCCUCCAAGUCAGUCUGAUCGUGUUCCUGAAGUACCAACCCUAGAGGAACUUGUAAAGGCUCUGCAAAAGCUGCAGUUGAAUAAAUCCGAAGCAGUUCCUAAUGAAGUGAUGGUGUGUGCCUCUACUCUAUCUUCACCUUUGAUAGAGCCACCACCACCUCCUAUCUCUGCCAGUGAUGCUUCCAUAUCCACACCUUUAGGUAAUGCUUCCCAAUCACAGCCACGUUCACGUGACCUAUUCCAAACUGAUCCAUCUAAAGAGGACUCGGGGGUCAUUAAGCCAUUUGUUUGUGAUUAUGAAGGAUGUGCCUUUAAGGCAAUGACCAAAGAUGGCCUCAUUAACCAUUAUGUUAAAACUCACAAGUACUCCAAGGACAAGGUUCUUCAGUUAAGCAGGUUUCAACUCAGGUUUGCACCAUUCAAAUGCCACAUUUGCCUACGAACAUUUACAAGAAAAACGAAUCUCAGAACUCAUUAUAAACAAAUGCAUAGGUUCAGUAAAGAGGACAUGCAGAAAGGAAAGUUCUCCUACAUAAACUGUGUUUCUGUUCCUAGCAAUACAAAUCCACAGCUGAUUGUGCCAAAUAUAUUAAUUAAAACUGAGAAUGACAGUCCCCGCGGAACUGAAGAGAAAUUGUGCAGUACUCAGAAUGGCACUGAAAGGCUGAGUCUGUCUGAGGAUACUGGGCCAAUUAAGACAGAAAAGGGGUCCCUUUACCCAGUUACUGUUCCUUACCAGACUAAAGACUAUAAUUUAUUUGGGGAUGAUGAGCAUGCACGGCUUGGCACAGUGAGUGGAAGCUGGCGCCAGACUGGGAGUGAUUCAGAAAACACAAUGAAUGAGUCCUUCACGACAGAAAUUGAAUGUUCUGAAUCUGCAGAAUCUUUAAAAUCUGAGGAGAUGCAUUUGAAUGGCAGUGUGGAGUCUGGUUGUAUGAUGCCAGAUAGUGCAGAUGAUUCUGAAUCCAAGGAAGAAGGUAGAGGAAGCCGGAGAAUUGGUGCUAAAAGUAAUUUGUGUUACAUGUUGAAUAAAUACCACAAACCUUAUCACUGCAUUCACAAGGGCUGCUCUGCAGCUUUCACUGGCCAGCCAAAUUUGAUACGCCACUACCAGACAGUUCAUCAGUACAACAGAGAACAAAUGUGUUUGGAAGAAGAUCAAGGAAAUGCCAAGAAGGACAAUACCAAAGUGAAGAAAAUCUUCAAGUGCAAGUUUGAAGGUUGUACCAAACGUUUCCAAUAUCCUAGAGUGCUGUUGAGACACUACAGUGAAAUUCACAAGCUUGCAGGUGGUGAAACAGGAAAGUACACUUGUAAUCAACCAGAGUGUAUGUCCUCUUAUAAUGCGUAUAGCAACCUUAGACGCCAGCCUGCUGAUCUAGAAUUUAAGUGCAGCAUAGACGGUUGCAGCCGUACUUACACUAUCCGUUCCAGUUACCUGCGCCAUGUCCAAAGACAGCAUAAAGCCCAUUAUAAGUCAAUAUUACUGAGGCCACGCAAAAACUGUAAGUAUGACCGUAAGCCUAAUUUGGAAAGGUGCAAUCAGGACUGUAUUAUUGAUGGCAAUGCUGAUGGCUCAGCUUCAGCUGUUAAAUCUGAUUUGAAGCUGUUUGAGCAGGGACAUCUCACUGAUGAAGAUAGCUGUGGCUCUGCAUUACCACGUGCACCUAACUUGGGCAGAAUCAGUGGAGAGCAUCUUUCUGAUGAAGGAAGCUGUGAUUCUGAAUCUGAAGUUGAACCUAAUUUUGAAAAUUACAAGAAGAAUCUUGACUCGUAUGGUUCAGCACUGAAAGCUGAGUCGAACUUCGAAAGUCACAACAGUGGAGAUCUUAAAAACGAGACUUGCAACAGAAAAGCAAAAUUAGAACCUGAUAUAAAAAGGAGUCUAGCAGACAAUCAUUCUGAUGACUCAAGUGACUCAUCACCACAGGAUGAAGACUGUGAGAGAAAUGCAUCCUCCAUAGCUUACAGUGGUUCCUCGGUGGAUGAUUAUGAUAAAGAAGCAAGAAAAUCAGGCCGGUAUCGUGAUUAUUUGUUGAAGAGUACAGACCAUGGAUUUGCAAUGUGUAAGAAUGAGGUUUUGAGGGAUCAGUUUCCGUGUAUGGUUGAUGACUGCCAGACAGUUGUCCUGAGCCGGCGCAGUGUGUUGAGACACUAUAAGAUACUUCACAAAAUGACUGCUAAAUAUAUUGAGCAGAAUUUUAAUACGCUUCUAGUCUGCAAGAAAUAUUCUGAUCCAGCGCGUGAAAAAAUGGGAUCUGAUUCCCCAGCACUUCCCAAAAAAGUGCCCUCUGAGCAAAUGGAGGAUGCUCCAGGUUGCAGUGUUCUCCGACAGCAAAAUGGCGAAAUGCCGUUGAAAACUGAGUUCAAAGUUGAACCUGAGCAAGUUGGAUCAGGACAGCAGAACUGUAGUGUGGCAAACGGAAACAAUGCUUUUCCUGGAGGUGGAAAUGUUCUUUUUCCUGGGAAGUCGGUAAACAGCAGUCUCACCAUGGGGAUGGCAAACAGAGGUCCAAGCUUCAAGGAAAAUGAUGCAAAUCGGGCUUUUCUACCUAAGAAUGGAGGAGUAAUUGCAAAUAUAGUGAAACAAAGUGGGACUCAAAAUGGGUCACUGUUCCCUAAGCUGAAGCAGCCUUUGAAAAGAAAAUCUGAAAUGGAAGGACAGUCGCAGAGAACGGACUCCAUGUAUUUGCCACAGGGCUCACUUUUUGGCAGCAAGGAGAGCCAACAGAGCCAAAAUGCUCAACAGAAACCAUUUGACUUAACCACAUAUAAACCUAUAGGCUUUGAAGCCUCAUUUUUGAAGUUUAUUCAAGAAAGUGAAGACACUGAGAAUGAUGUCGAUGAGUCAUGGCAUUGGGAACCCCCUAAACGAUGUAAAAAAUUUGGUUCACACCGGCGGGAGUCUGCCGUUAACACUGGAUCAAAGGAAUCGACAGUGGAAAACUGUAAAGGGUGCAGUGCAGACUGUGACAAAAAUGACUCUGCUGUGCAUAACAGUUUUGCAGCAAUCGAGCCCCUAAUUUCACAAGGGUCGACUCCAUCUUUGGAGAACUUACGAACGAUAUUGGAUAAGGCGUUGACAGACUGUGGAGAUCUUGCCUUAAAGCAGCUUCAUUUUCUUCGACCUGUAGUCGUCCUGGAAAGGUCUGAAUUUUCCACUCCCCUGCUAGAACUGUUUCCAACAAAAAAGAGUGAUGAACUCUGUGUGGGAAGUUCAUAGGACUAUUUGUAUCUAUUUUGCAAACUUAAAUCACCAUACUGUAACCUAUGUAGAGUGAUAAAAGCAAUGCUGCAGAGAAUAAAAAGCGAAUACACCUGGGGUUUCCAUACGGGAAACGAAACCUUGGUUUGUUCUGGUUUUGUGCAUGAUUGUGUGUGUGUGUGUGUGUAUACGAACAAGUAUUAGGGUACUUAUCGGGGAUUAGUAGUUCUCACUAAGAACUUGAAUGUGCACAUACUGGUGCUUUUCUGUAAUAUAUUGUACACUACAUCUCCUUUAUGUAUGGGUUUUGAGAUAGUACACUGUCAAUUAAAUGGCAAUUUUUCACAAAAAACAUUGUACUGAUGGAUUUGUACUAUAAAUCAAAUUGUAUUGAUGCUUUUGAAAAACAUUAGUCACCUGAUUGAUUUAUGGGGAUCAAAAUAGUCUUGACAGUUAUCAAUAAAAAAAUACUACUUUUACUGCAGCAGGGCUUUGGCUAACCCAUUAUGGUUUUCUCUGAAAUAUUCUUGUAAUCAUGUAAGAAAUCUACAAAUUGGAACAAAUACUAUGGCUGAUUUAAUUUUUGAUGAACUCCACUUUUACAUGAUCUUCUACACAAGUUGACUGAAAUGUGAUCUUAUAUGGGCUCAAGUUCUUUUUUUUGCUGUGAAUGGAAUUCUCCCUUUUAGCUUACUACUGUAUAGCAUUUCUUCUGGUCUGGAUUCAGCUUCUGUUUAAAACAAAAAGGACCAAAUUGAUCACUGCAGUAUUUUCCUGUGUACAUUUAAUUACUUCCUAUAUCCUAAUAAUAUAGAUUUUAACAUGCAGGAUAGUAAUAUCUUGAAGAAAAUGAGUUGGUGUAUGUAUUUGGAGGUGGUGAAAUAGCAAGAGAUAACAUUGUUUUAGAUAUUUUGAAAUAGUGCAUUACUGAUUUAACAUGAAGUUUUUGCUAAGAAAUUUGAAAUGUUUGUUUCAGUCUGAAUAAACCUAGAACAUUUUGGCCAGUAUGCUAUAAUUACCUUUCUAGUGAGGUUUGUCAGUGACACUUGACUGACAUUGAAUGAAUAAUCAUAGUAAAACAGACUUGAAUGGUUCCUGGGAAACACCAAAGAGGGCUUGGUAACCUGAAAUUACUAAGUAUGUAAUCAAGUUUUGAUAUUUUCUGCAAUAUUUUAGAAUAGUCCAUGUUACUCCAUAGAUUUUACGAUGGAACUUUUAGAAAAAAAUUACAUUACUAUUUUAAUAUACUAAGGUAGGUUAAUCUUGUGGACCCUUGAAUCACAAUGCCAUCGGAAUAGAAAUUUGUUGCUUUUAGAAUCACAUUGCACUGUCUGUGUUUUGUGACUUCAAAAGAUUGAAAUCUACAUUUAAACCAGCUUGUACUGCCUGUAGGCAUAGGCAUUUUCUGUGAGUAUGCAAGAAUUUUCAGUGAACUACAGUGGGGAUGAUGGAGGAGAGACCCUUUGGGAGUACCUUGGUUUCUUUUUUAAAAGCAUGACGUCUUCUGAGCUGUAUUGCUAGAAAUCCCAAGUGGCUCUUAGUCCAAGAUUUAUAGCCCAUGAUUACUCAAAAAAAUUAAGGCUAAAAGCAAAUGCAUAACUGACUUCAAAGGGAUAAAGUAAACUGAAGACUUUAGUUACAGCCUUUUUUUUGUUUUUUGGUUAUAAUGUGGUCUUCACUUUGCAAUUGUACAAUUUCACUUUUAAUACAAAUUUGAGUGUGGAAUUCCAUUUUAUCCUGAUUUGUAAUAACUGGUUCACCUGAGCUGUUAAUUUUCUGUUCAGUCGAUAAGACUAUAGUUGCAUUGACUUAUGGUUUAAAAUCCAUUCUAAUGCAAUGCAGCUCAAUAUAUACACACACUUAACUUUUGAUGAGCAUAACUAAUAGACCUGAUUAGUAUUUGUCCUAACAUGCUUGUUCUGUUCACAGUUGUAUAGCCUGCCUGUAAUGAAUUGUAGCCAGUUUUAAGUGAAUGUAUUCAUGUUUGUUGCAAAGUUUCAUCCAAAAUGUAAGUGGAAAGUUAAACCUCGCAGUGACGAGUAAAGCAGUUAACGAGAUUUUGCAUUCAAUGUAAAAACUGAGCCAAGCUCUUUAUUUUGCAACUCUUUAAAUAACAUUGUGACUUACUUUAGGCUGACCUUUUUGCUCUAUUCAACUUACCCAUCAAAUUACCGAUUUGCUGUAAGAUGCUAGGAACUUGUCAUCUCAAUUUUAGUGAUUUUUCUGCUAAUAAACAUGCAAAGUUCACCAAAUCUAUUGUAUAAAAUAUAGCACUGCAGCAGCUGGAUUUUCUGACUAUUACCCAUUUGGGUUAAUUCAACCAGAGGUGCUUUGCUUUAAACAACUGGAUCUUGUUGGGAAGAAGCAUGAGGGGAAUUGAGGCUGAAACUUUUCCUUGUUAAUCUUGACAAUAACAAUGAGCAUUAACCAUGAGAGAAAACAUGAUCCAAGUGCUAAAUUUGUGUGUCUCUCCCUCUUCCCCCCCCCACCCCCCCAAAAAAAAGUUUUCCAAAGGAUUCGAGUAAUAGAACUGUGUUGCUAACUUACAUAACAAAUCUGUGGAAUUCGUUGCCAUAGAAGACUAUGGAGGCCAAGCUAAGGGUUACAGGGAGAAGGUGGGAGAAUGAGGUUGGAGAAAACAGUAUCAGCCAAGGUUGAAUGGUGGAGCAGACUCAGUGGGCCGAAUGGCCUAAUUUUGCUCCUAUAUCUUAUGUUAUUAAUACACAAUCAGAAACGUGUAUUAAGUUAUCAUGUAAGAAUAACUAAACUAAAUGGGUCAUUUUUUUGAUAUGCAUGAUGUUGGUGUGAUUCUGUGUGUGUCUCCCUGUUCUCACUUUUGUUUUGCUUCUUCAUCUUUUCUCUCGAUUUUGUGAUGGGUGGAAUGAUGGUGGAAGGAAUGGCCAUUGACUAUAAAUUAAGAGCAAAUAUAGGGCAUAAAUGUAUGGCAUAAUGGGGCCCAGUGACGACUCCUUCCAUCCCUCCUGUUUCCAGUGUUUCACUUUCUGACGAGGGAUGGAAUCACUUUUCCUCUUGCACCAGUCUUUGCAUGCAUGUCUCAUUCUGAUUCCAGUCUUACAUUUUGUAAAGGUUGUACAGCACAAGACCAAACCUACAAAAAUGUUUCUUUUCCUCACCAUCCUCUACAAUAAAUCAUAGGAUUAGCUGUACCAUGCAUUUUUUUAAGCAGUAAUUUUCCGUGUGUUGUGGAAGGCAAAAUAUGCCAAUUUAAAAUGUUUUUGCUAGAGGUAUUUAUUUUUGAGAGAAACCUA